CCAUCUUUGAGUACAUUUGAACAACUUGAAUCUCAUAAAAUAUAUUCAAGCACACUUAAUUGUCCGUGUAAAAAUCUUGCCAUUCAAUAUGGUACAUUUAUUUCGAUUUCUUAUCGAUUACAUCAACUCUGUAUUAGUGAUAUUAUUUCGUUCGAUUUUCUAAAGUUAAUUUACAAUCCUUGGAAUAGUUUUAACUAUUCUUAUUUUGAUUAUCGUCUCUUUAUUUUGCCACAAUUUAGAUGGCUUAGUUCAUUAUGUACUCUAGUUAAUAGCACGAUUAACGAUGCAUUAAUUGUCUUUUAUUCGAAGACGCUAGUAACUGAUCGAGCUCAAUCACAAACAACAAUUCAAAUACAGAUUGAUGCAGCUCUAACUCAUUUCUAUUUAUCAACAUCACGUGCAGUUAUUCGUGAACUUGAUUUUAUUCAACAAGUUUCUCAAGGAAACGGUAUUAUUUCUGAGAUUGAAUCCAAUUGGUAUUUUACUUCAUUGAUUCAACCAAUUCAAUAUGGUUCAAUCUGGGCUAAAUCACGUUCUUAUAGUGAUCAUAAUUCUUCAUGCUCAUGUGGUAUUAAUUAUAUGUGUACAUCAGUAGCAAUGAUUGAUGAGUGGCUUGUACCCGGUUUUCGUGUCGGUUGUUAUCCGCUUCAGUCACUUCUUCAAUCAACUCUCAACUGUCUCUACAAUAGAACCUGUAUUAAUCAACUUAAAUCGAUCUAUUCGAAUACAGAUCUUACUGUUCAACCGCUUGAUCCCACGCUUUCUUCACCUAAUGUUACUGUUCAAACACUUAUCAACGAACUUCUAGUCGAUCGAUGGUACAAUAGCAUUAAUUAUGAUCAAUACUAUUCAUCAUGUGCACCAAUAUCAUGUACAUAUUCAUAUAACAAUCAAGUCGACAGUAUUUAUCUUGUGACAAGUAUCAUUGGCCUAUUUGGAGGCUUGACUGUUGCACUAAAGAUUUCUGUCCCUAUUGUAGUGAAAACUAUUCAACACUUCAAAAAUCAUCAUCGUCGAAAUCGUACGAUUUCAUUAACUGUAAGGGAAAUACAACGUACAACAAAUAAAUUUUGA